AUGUGUGGCUGCCGGCGUGGAGAAUGGAAAACAGGUGAUCCGGGAGCAGGUUGCCGCUGGAAAGUUUGUCUCCGGGGAACCGGAGCUACUGCGGAGCAUGCUCAGGCGAUGCAUGAUGUUAUAAAAUCUUUCAUGGAGAUGGACUUUGCCUCCUACCUUCUCUUGGGUGAGCUGGACAUAGGGGGCCUUCGUCAGAUUUGCGAUGAUCCUGACUCCGAGGAAGGCCAUCCUGAAGGUGGCACUUCUCACGCCGGACCUUCCUCCACCCCUCAGUAA